AUGAUGAGGUUAAUUGUGUUGCUUUCAAUAGCUCUUGCACAAUAUGCAUAUGGUUGUCCUAAUGGUUACCAUUCACACAACGGAUCUUGUUACGCCGCAGUUGGAGUCCGAUCUACUUGGCCCAAUGCUUAUUCAUUUUGUAAAUCAUUGAAUGGUAGCUUGGCUAUUGUUGAUACAGAAUCUGAAAGGGACUACCUUCACCAAUUUCUCAAUAAUAGAUUUGGUUCUAAAUUUGUGUAUUAUUGGGUUGGUGCCACUAACCUUGCCGAUGGAUCAUGGAUGUGGGCUGAAUCUACUCGACCAGUAGACAAUCUACAUUGGAGUUCUGGUUACCCAACCGAUGGUUCCAAUUCUCAGCAUUGUUUACAGAUGGUUGUAGCUCACCAUUAUUAUUUCGGUGAUAAUAACUGUGAAGCUAAAAACGCAUUCGUUUGUGAAACUCAAGAUGCAUAA